ACAUGUCAAAAAUUUUUAUGUCAGAAUAUUGAAGUUUUACUCUUUAACGAUGCUUAAUUAUGCAAGAAAAUUUUCGUGAGAAUAUUUUUGAACAUCGACGGUUCAGCACCAAAUUUGUGAGUGCUUUCACGAAAUGGAUAGAGAUGAUCGCUAAAUUGCCUGUUUGAGGGAUAAAUGAAUACGAUGGGGAGAAACUUCAUCAAUAAAUUAGGGAAUAUAUUGAAAGUAUUUAAGGGUGGAAAAAAGAAAGAAUUCGACAGGGAAAGGGACGACAUUAUAAAUAUAACUAGUGAAAGUGGCAUUAGAAGCUUUGACAGUUCGAGCCAUAAGGAUUCUGUCCCGGCCAAUAAAAAACUCAUCUUCAAAAAGUCAAAAUCCACCGAAAGCCUAUCUACAGAAACCGUCGACAGCGGCAAAAACAAAGUCAACGCGCUCAAGAGAUCGAACGCCACAUGUGACAUUCCCAGCAACAGCAAAGAAGAAGAUAUCGUCUGCACCAAGAGUUUACACCGAUUGGGCCAACUCACCCAUACCAAUAAUUGCGUGUUUUCAUACCACGCAAAACUACACGAUGGCACAAUUUGGUCGCAGGCUCUUGGACGAGCUUCCGAAAAAUCAAGCAGCAAAAAAAAUGAAAGCACCAACUCUUCAGUCAUUCAAGUCAAUUCGGAAAAUUCGCCGAAGGAGAAGUUAUCCAUGUCUUCAAACGAAAUUCAGACAAGAAGUGUAGAUACGGAAGUUGAUCUCGAAUGGAAAUCGGAUAAGUCAACUAUAGCUAAAACGGAUUAUGCCAGAGUUUUACACAAACGUACGGAAAAAGUACAGAAAAUCAGUUCGAAUAACGAUGAAUUAAAUGUGAAAGUUUCCGCAUCUUCCAAUACACCAACUUGUCAAGACAAUAUUGAGAUGAUCAGCCAGACUGCCCCAAAAGUUUGUGAGGUGGUUUCGGAAUUUUCAUCAGAAGGUAUGAUAAUGGACCAAACUCUACCGAAUCCAUCCAUAGCUAUACCAUUGAAAGACAAAAGCGACGAUUUACAACCUUCUGAAAGUAGCAAAUCUAUAACUGAUGAACAGAACAUGCAAGUUAAGAUGAACGUUCAGACUAUCAAGAACGAGCAAGGCUUUGACCUUUUAAAAUAUGAUUUGAAUUCUUCUGGGGAUCACGGAGACGAUUCUGGAUCUCUAUCGAAGGAUAACGUCCUUCCUUCGAUCUCAACCGGAGUUGUCAUACAGGAAACCUCUUGCGAAAGCGAUGAGAAACAGUCAAAUUUCGUCGAUUCCUUUAAGGUUAUAUCAGAGAAUACAACGGAAUACGAAGUUGUGAAUCUAGCGCAAGUAGAUCUGUUCAGAGAAUUCAAAACUACAAUUUCGAAGAUGCGAAACGUCCUGAACGUUCUAGAUGUCAAGAAGUCUUUGCAAGGCAUGAUUGAACGUAGUUUGAGCGAAAAAAAUAUCAAAAGAAGGACUUCUGAAAUGAUCGAGGGUGAAAACAUAUCAACUCAAACGGCAGCAAUGACCUUCAAUCAAAUCUCAACUUCAACCGACAACGGUUGCUAUAACCACACUAGAAAUGAAGGCAUUAUGGUACAGCUAUCAUCAGAGACCACUUCGAAACGUCUCAAAUAUACCCCUAAUCUUUUCAACAAUGUGAAACCCAUCACUAAGAUAAAAAGACGCAAGAAACGAGGUUACCGAUGUAAGCCGAACAAGUUGUCAACAAGAGUGAUCAGUACCCUUUCGUCAAGCCAAGAUGGAAAAAGAAAAACUAAGAUGAAACCAGACAAGCCUCAUUAUAACAAAUGCAUCAUUUAUCAUAUAACGCAACAGAAGAAUUCCGUUGAUAGAUGCGUUGGAACCCCAUGUCAUUCCAUGAAAGAGAAAUUAGUCUUGAAGAAUACCUUUAGUGCUCUUCACUUCGGACCUAUAAAUGAAUUCCCAAUGCUGCUGAAUAAGCACGAAAAUGAGAAGAAGAAGCGUAAGGAACUUGAUCGGAAACUUAAGGCUAUAACAUCCGAAAAUGAAAUACCUGAAAAGAAUUCGCACAGGAGGAAGUCAACGUCUUUUCUGAGCAGCGAAACAUCUAAAAGCAACAACCAAAACAGUUGCCAUAAGAGUAAAACACAACCGAGUCUCAACUAUGUUAGCUCUAGAGAAUAUUCCUCGUUGAGUUCAACCACUGCCAAUUGGUUCGUUUUUGAACCCUCCCCCACUACGGUGGUUAAAGGUAAACAGUCAACUUCGGAGGAUAUGAUUUUCGAUAAAAAUCGAAGCUCGACACAAGAUCUAGUUUCCAACAUCCUCGAGGAGGAAAUCAAAACAUCUGGGCUCAAGGGUAAAAUUUCGAGCAGUACCAUGAACAUGAUCAAGGAUCAGUUUUGUGAUAAACUGAAUGGUUUCAAAGCUAAAGAAGUUCCAGAUGUUAUGAUAACGGUUUGUGUGCCCCUCAAAAGUAUAGUGUCUAAAAUGAAGACUUCUAAAACUACUGGAUGUGGAGAGAAGACCAUAUCAUCUUCUGGAUCCGCGGAAAGCGAAAAAAGGCUUCCUCCCUUGUGUUCUUCUUAUGACAAGAGUAUCCAGGUAAAUGUUUCGAAAAACUACGUAAAUGAUAACCUUCAAACCAUACCUGAAAAGAUGACCAGGAAGCCAACGGAGAUAUACGAGCAAAAGAAGAUUCUUCGACAGAGUAUGUCCUCCAAACGCCUGUCUUCGUUCAAGAAAAUAUUCGGCAAUAAAUCAACUAGUUGUUCGAACAUAAACCCUUUUGGAAAUAUUGCGCCUAAAACGAGUAAAAUCUAUGUAGCCGAUAAUUCUACGAGCCCUUAUGAUUUAACCUGUAAACCAAUCGAGAGGGAAGCGGUUCAAUCGUCAAACAUUAAAGAUCAGGCUGCAUUGAAGAGCUCUUCUUUCUCCCUCUUCAGGGAGGAGUUCGAGCCGGACCUUAGGUGCAAAAAGGAAGGAUUUUUCCUAAAUCUUCCACCCAAUCGCUUCAGAAGGAAGAGAGAACAGAUCUCUAAGCUCUUCGAUUCGGAUUCUAGCGAGCGGAGAUAUUUUGGUGAGCCGAAACUGUUGUACCAUGUCCACGAGAGUUCAUUUUACAGCACCAGCAAAACUGACGACAGAUUCAGUUCCAGACGAAUCCUAGCGGAGAGUUCGACGUCACAGGAGAAAGCUAAGAUUCCUUUUUUUCCUGUUCAACAAAUCGCUUCUAGAUUCAACAUCAACGUCAAGCCGAAAUUCAUCAGUUUUUCAGAUCUACCGAAAAGAUACGAUUAUAAUUAUAUCCCAGACAAAGUUCAAGAAACGCCAACAAGGGAGAAUGAACGAUGUGAACUACCAUCGAAGCCAGCUGUAAAAAACGCCAAUGUGAAUACUUCGAACGAGAAGAUACUUCAAGACAACGAGACCCAAUGUGAAAAUGAGAUGUAUGAAUGUCAGGAGUGCCCUGAACAUGGAAGAAAAGCUACGAAAAAAGCACGAAGGAAACUGGACACUGAAAAUUUUUUCAACAAUUGCAUUGAUGAGUUUUCAGUAGUAAGUAUACCGAAAGUGCAUUUCGAAGACGAUGUCAAUCAAGAGGUUGAACUCACCAAACCCAAAGAUAUAUGCCAAAAAUAUAAUUUUCCAAGUAGUCAGGUCAACUUGGAGAACGAUAAAAACCACAUAGAAAAACUGCGAAAGAGUGCUUCAGUUCUUUCAUUAUUUGCUGAUGAAGAUAAAUACUCAGACAAACUUACAGACAGAUUGAACAACGAACAUGUGAAAAAAUUACAGACUGAUGAUAACGAUGAUAGAGAUUCUGUGAAGCAGAAGCACAAAGGACGAUCUCAUCACAAAAAACAGCAUCGUAUUGUCCUUCAAACAUCCUCCGAUUCUAAUCUGAUGCAACUCGGUCACGAAGAAUAUGGUAUUCAGGAAACAGACGAUAUAGGACCUUACGUCGAGAAACUUAUAUGUAAAAAAUCCCAAGAAAUUUUGAAAGUUGAACCGACACAAGCCAACGAUGGUAUGAAUCCACCCAAAAAUGAAGAUUGUUUGGUACGAGUGAAUGCGUUAAAAGAAAACAAAAACGAGAACAGACUGACAGGUUUGAUAAGAGACGUAGUCAAUUUAUGUAACACUAGUUUCUUGAGAUCUAGGGAUUGCAUAGUUGAACUCACCCUUUACAAUCUAAUCAAAGAGAUCAUUUUGGAACAUUGCUCUCAUCUCAGCGAACAGAGUAAGCAUAAAGUGGAAUCUAUUCUGGCGAAUUUCGUCAAAAUGUCCAAACAGAAAGCUGGUGAAGAGAAUGUUGAAAUUGUCGAAUCAGCAAUUGAGAAUCUCGUGAAAGAAAUAGGCACAGAAUUUCCUGGCAAAGAUAAAACUCAAGAAGAGUAUUUGGAGAAGGAACGCGAUGAAAACAAGAUGGAGAAGUUCGAGCAUAAACACAGGAGGAAGCAUUCACGUUCCAAGAGCAAGCACAGAAGUCACAAACACGAAUCGAAGCAUCAUAGUCGCCACAGAGAAGAUGAUCGAGAAAAACGUCGAAGUAAAGAGGAUGACAAGAACCACAAAUCUAAGCGACAUCAUAAACAUCAUUAUGAAGUCGAAAGCAGGUGCGAUAUGGGAGCAAAAGAUUCGGAGAAAAAAUUUCGAAGUGUUGAAGGUAAAAGAGAGUACUUAGAGUUGGUGGAACGGUUGAAAGAGUUAGAAGAGGUUACGAAACAACUUUCGACUGUGGCCAAUAAUCAGAAGAACACGCAACGCCUUCAAUUAGAGCACAGAGAUCACGGUCGGAAACAUAAAGACGUAUACAACACUGCCAUAUUGGACGAACCGAAAUUCUUCGCCAAAAAAGGGAUGAAGUUUAGUUUGACGGAGUUGGACGAAAUGAAAAAGAAGUAUAGGGAGGAACCGAUCGAAGUGAAUUUUUUUCAAACAGAAGUGAAUCCUCCGAUAGCACCAAUUCCUAGAAACUAUCCUAAACUUCCCGUUACCAAGAUUGUGAUCAAUUUGAGCAAUUUGAAACUUCUAACUAGGAAUUGUGUUAGCUUGACUUCAACCAAUGAUAAGGAGCCUAUAGUUAUUACAGACAGCACUGAGGAAAAGCAAAGACUUAUCGAUAAAAUUGUUUCUUACGGAAUCGACAAGGGGUACAAAAGUCGAGUAAGGCAUUCGUCAAGACACUUUGAGAGAGUCGAAAAAAAGUAUUCGAGAGAUACUAGAAGCGAAAUAAUCAAUAAAAAUAAGGAAUCCUUCAGUAUAACUUUUCACGGCAAAGAUAGGAAAAAAAAACAUAAUUUCAAAGAAGAUGACUUAAAAUCGUCGCAGUCAAGUAAAGAUUAUAUGCGAAUCAAAAUGGUGAGGAAGAAAACGGUUACCUCGACGACUGAUCAAACUGCGUCUGAUUCUCACUAUUCAAGAAGGGAUAAAGAAAAAGCUAAAUUGAAUGACAUUCAUCAGAUAACUAAGGAGUAUAUUAAGAAGGAGUACAAGUUAAACAGUGAUCUUAUAUGCGCAAGUAUAGCUAAAGAUCUGUUGGAAAAUAAAUGCAAAGGUGAUCAGGGAAUGGAUUAUAGAGCAAAUUUGGAUAUGGCAUACCAAAGAAUGGCCAACUUCUGUUUGUUCCGUGGUUUGUCGAGAAAAGAAUGAAAUUGUUGUUGAAUAAUAUUGUAGUUAUUGUCCAUAAAAUUCAUAGGGGAAUAUAUCAAAUCUGAAGAA